AUAAACAUCGCGUUUGCCGUAAGUGUCAAACACUCACGAGAAGACAGCCGGUUACCGUGUCGCUCUUUUAGCACAGAAUUACACAAUACCGAGGGAAUAAGGGUCGUUAGCCGACAGUUUAAAAGCUGCAAAUACAAUGGCUGAAUGCAGCUACGUAGUGGCCGAUGUGUUGACCCACGAGUGGCCGGAUUCUUAAUCUGGACGCGCAACAGCGAAGUAGUGGAAACAAUCUCCAAAUUGGAUUGUAAGAUUAUAUUCACCAGGCAGCACUGCGUGUUUUAAAGGAACACACCGGGACAGUUUAGGCGCUUGUCACAAGUAGGUGGAAGAAAUGGACCGAGGUGGCUGUCAGAUGAGCGGCGGCGGCGGCGGGGGCGGUGGAGGCGACGGCGGGUCCGAUAGCUCCGGCAUGAUCACCCUGGAGGACCUGGAGUCCUUCUCGGAGGACCAACUGCCAGACUCCGGUAAUGGCAGUCUGGAGGAGGGCGAAACCAUGGAGGAGGACGAAGGCUCCGACCGACUGCUGCAUUACUGGCAAGACGUAGCCAGGGGACACCAGGUGGAAGUUUCAAACGAAAUGGCAGAACCUAUUCAACAGCUGACCUCUAACAACAACGGUCGCAGUAACAGAGAACACAUCCCUUUCACCCUCCUUUCACAGAAAGAAAAGUGCGGGGAGCUGCUGUAUGACAAGCGCCAUUAUGAGAAGGGCCACUGGGCUUGCAUCAAGAUGCGCGAGGACACAUAUGAGCAGAGCAUCUGCUAUGGUUUCAUGAAGAUAAUGAGAUACAUCUGCAAGCAGAACUCUUUAGGUGACUACCUGGGUAUGUCGCUGCCUGUCCUGACGGUGGUGCGCACAAAUGAGAACCACUCGGCCAUCUCUCAGGAAGUGACCGUGGCGUACUACUUGCCCACGGAACACCAGGCUCAGCCUCCGCAACCUCAGGACAGCGAAAUCGUCAUUGAGGUCUGGCCUGCCGCCAUUGUGUACACUAGAUCCUUCACCGGCCCCACCAACGAGCUGACCAUCAUCAAUCAGAUAAACGGCAUGGCUGAGCUGCUUGAGUCUCCUGGUGUGUGCGUCAACGACUCCUUCAUAGUGGCCGGCUACACCAACCCGGCGCACAGCCAGCGCCACAACGAGAUCUGGUUCCUAGAGCGUCGCUGACGGAGUUCGCAAUGGGAGAGGAUCCCCCACCCCCGGCACCGUUCGAAUCUGUAACCCCAUCCCGUCUGAGCUUCACAAAGACUCCUCCCUUAUUCUACACUGCCUAUACACUCAUCCACAAGUCCUCAGGUUCAACAAGGUCCCUCCCCUACCCGGUACACUUUAGAUCCCUUGCUAAUUCUGCCCCUGUUCAUUGUCAUCGUGCUGCGAGCACGUCACUACAGCUUCAGUUAGUGGACCUACACAGGCUUAUUGUUGCUCACAUGUUGUUAUCUUGUUUGCAAUACUACGAUGUUCUGUGAGUUGUCGGUCUGCAAAUGCAUCGGGAAAACUAACAAACUUACGCUUGCGGAGUCUCAAUGUCACUUGCUGCUAUUGUUGCUAAAUGUCGGGAUCGCUGCAGGUUUACAGCUCAAGGGUAACUAAUUCAACAGCAAUCGCAAUAUUUGACCCCACAACCAUUUUAUUCCACAUCCUGGACCUUUUAGCUUAAUGCAGUGUUGAUUGCCUGGGUGAGGAUGUGUUUCUGCCAAAAAUCUACCUGAAAUGAACAGUAAUUAACAAAAGUGCAUGAAUGUAAAAAAAAAAAAGUAAAAAAGUGGGGGGAGAAGGUGCGCUAACCAAACGAUUGACUAACGUUACAGCUGAAUGACAAUCAAAAGUACCUAACAUAUAGACAUUCAAGUCAAAGCAUUCCUCGCGUUUCCCUCGACUCUCACAAUCGUCGUCCUUCUCUUCGCAGAAAUGCUCUUUCUUCGGGCUACGUUCUUGUGUUAGUGUUUACGCACUCACUACUGUACUGCGACGACCACUGCUGCUGAGUAGAGAACGCAUCAGCAAUAGUUUUAGGAAAAUAGGACAGCAGAAUGUUGUUUUACAUGUUCUAUCGUCGAUCUAAGGAACUAUAUAAUGUCAGAGUGAAAGUAAUUGUAUAUUUACAAUAUAUUUUGAAAAAAUAACCAAUACACCAGCUGUACUUAAUGAUAUAGAAUUAUCUUUUUAUUUUAAAAAAGAAAAAAAUCUAUAAAUGUCAGGAUAUUAAAAUGUGUCCUUGUGCAUGAUUACAAAAAUGUGUGACCGCAGGAGAUCCGUAAAAACAAAAAUCCAAAGAUUCAGGAGGUGUUAGAAAGCCAUGAUACUUGCUAGUGCCCAACUUUAAUUAAAGCUGGUUUUAUGGGAACAUCAAGUCUGCCUGUUGUUAUAUUCUCUUAAUUAAUUCUGGAUUAUUUUAGUUGACUGUGUGCUGUACUGUGACAAAUUCAAGUGCAACAGCAAAGCACUACUGUGGUUUUCUCUUUUGGUCAAUAAACAUGUGCUUGUC